CUCUACAUUUUCCGCCUUGGAAACAAACAGUGGCAUAAAACAAAAAACCCUUGUGCAAUUUUCAGUUGAUUCCGAAUUAUGGCAACUUUUAAAUGCACACACGCAUUGCAUUGGCGUAUUUAAUGGAAGGAAAUAAAUUGGGCGUGGAAUAGAGCAAGAUAAGCAAGUGAUACAGCGUUGUAAAAAUAACAUCGUUAGAACAUCGUCGGUGUUCCUAAAAUUCUCCACUUUUUAUGACCUCCGAUUUGUUUCAUCGUUGCGGGAGUUCAAAAAGUCAUUUUGGUGAAUGAGCGUCGAAAUUAUUUGUGUUUGAGACAGACAGUGCACGCUUGCAUUUGAGACAUGUGUUAAAGUUCGUUCUACCAAUUGACCGACAAUUAAGACAAGGACUUUAAUAAUAAUAAUUUAGCACAACUAGAAACUAGGUACUAUGGCUGUUACAGUGGAAGAUCUGUGCUCCAAUCUUAAUAAACUUUUAAAUGACAUUUGCAAAUUUUUAUCGGAUGAAGUAAAUUACGAACAGUUAUCACCUCUUGCCCGAAAGCAGGCAGAAGAAUUAAUUAACAGAUCCAAAGAACAACUGCUGAAUAUCACAAGAGUGUCACUUGACAAUAAUGGAGCUUAUGUAGAUAUGGAAAAAAGGCCUAGCAAUGCCGAGACAGAUGAAGAUGACACAAAUGCGAUUUAUUCAGCUGUAGAUGAAUCUACAAUUGUACGGUGCGCAACACCCGUUGUAGAAAUACCAAUAAACCCUUACGCAAAUUUACCUGCGAAAGACGUAUCGCAGGAAAUUAAAUACGGCUACCUCACAUGGAGGUACAAAAUUAUACUUAAAUUUGAGAAAAAUCGUCGAGUUUACGCCGGCUUACACAACAACUGGAUGCUGGUUUAUUCUUCGGAAAAAGAUUGCAAACCAUUACAAGCCUUCAAUCUCAAAUUUCACAAAGCCCAGAUUGUCGCAAACAAACAAAAAAAGAACCCUCCACAAGAUUUUGAACUGGUUUGCACGCUAGGCGAAGGAAAAACAUAUUAUUUUCUCACGUCGACGCAUAAAGAUGUACAACAGUGGAUUUCACACAUUAAUAAAUGCCACAAUAAUCUCAACACUUGCGAGGAGCCCCCACUUUCAGACUCAGACGAUGAUAUUUCCCAAACUUACGACACGAUACUUGAACCAAUUAGUAUUAAAAACGACAAGAAAAACGACAUUGAAACGAACGAUUUUUCGCAAAAUAAACCGCCAGAUUUGCCUGCACGUGGGCGCAUUAAAACGAACGUGCCCUUGCCACCAACUCCCCUGAAAGAAAAUGCCUCGAGUGAAUCCUUGCCCAAAGACGACGCCCAGUCAACACCAUCCCUAAACAGUUCUUUCUCAACAGACGGCGAGAGCGACGACUGCAUUUACGAGGCGUUCGUCCAGCCCCAAGCUGUCGUCACAAAACCAGCGAUAUUGAAAGAAAAACCAAAAAUUUGCCCCAAGUUGAGAAAAUAAAUACGUUUAAGUUCUGUCCACUUAUCUGUACGUAGUGCUUCUCUUUUGCUUUUUUAUAUCAAAAAUUAUGUAACUCUAAUAAACUAUUUUAAUAAAA